AAAAAAAAAAAAAUAGACAAAUAAAAUCAUUUUUUGGGGUUGAAAACAUACUUAGCCCUUAGAGAGGUUAUAAGAAAUCAUUUCUGACCUUAACGUGGAUAAUUAUGGCUAUUUAUAAUCCCAAAUGCAUCCUUUAAUAUCAAAAUUCACAAUUUUAUCGCUAUUACCUACAUAAUACACAAUUAAAACGUGUUAAAACUUUUUGAACUUGAAAUGGACCCUGUUACUAUAGUGUGAUAGUGUUAAUGAAUUCGACGUGAUAUUGACCCUAAAUAAUGAUAUCGAUUCACAAAAUCAAUAAUUAAAAGCAUGAAUUUUCACGAAAAAGUGUUUUUAUUUUCUUUGCUUCGAAGAAACAAGGCUAACGCAAAACAUUAAUUUGAGUGAUUUUGUAGUUCAUCUGGGGGUUAAUAGUGGAAAAAUUUUUUUUUUCAAUUCUGUACGUUAUAUCGAAGCAAAAUAUACGUUAUAUCGAAUUCGCUAUAUCGAGAACACGUUAUAUCCCUUUCGUGACUCCAGAACUCUCAGACUUUUUUCUUUGGCAUUUGCUAAUACUACUCCUUGUCUUUCGAUUCCUAGCCUUGUCCACCUAGAUAAAUCGAAAAUUAAAAAUUUGCGACAGAUAAAACUUUUUCAUGUUUUACCAUUUUUGCUCACUUUUUGUUUAACUUGUUUUGGUAAAUUUUACACAGAACAAAAGUUUGUUUGCACACAUGCAAGUAUAAGUUAUGGCUCAAUCAUCAAAAUAAUUUACAUCAGGAAAACCAAAGACUAAACAGUUGAAAAAGUUACACAAAACAGUUGUUGCUCAACAGCACAAUUGUGCUGGUUCGUCACGAAAGGGAUAUUGAAGAACACCUUUAUACAAAAACAUGCCGAACAUGCUAUUGUUCCUUCUACUCUAUAUUCGGUGAUAUGGGUCAUUUUCUGUAAAGGACCCCUAAACAUCAGGUUUUUAUUGUUACUUAAUUAAGAAUUUUCAAAUAUUCUGAAAUCCUUAAAAAUGUAUGGAAAAAAUACAACAAAUAAAUCGUUUCUAAGGGGUCAUUCACAUAUAAUGGCUUAUAUCUUCAAAAAUUGUGCAGAUAGAACACAAGCUUGCUUGACAAGUUUUCUCAUAAUGACAUCUUCUACAACUUUGCUCAAGACACAAACACGAUAUAAAUAAUGAAUUUCACUCGCACUUCUAGGUGGAUUAGUCACAUUAGUGUUACUUCCAAAAAAAAGGACCUUGAUAUACAAAUCAUUUUUUUUUUUUCGUAGACACUACCUCUCAGAAAUCGAUUUUUCUGUUUUAUUUGGGAUGUUUUGCCAAGAGAAAGAAGGGUACUGCUUACCAGAACGUACAGGAUAGUAUGCGAACGUUUAUAGUCAAUUUUUGUAUAAGCAAAUAAAGACUACACAUAAUUGCUUCAAUUGUCAAAUGCUCUUAUUUCCCUGCGGGAAACUAGCGAUUCAAACUAGAAAAAGGCAGAAAAGGUCAUCAAAACAGAGCAAGAUCAGCAAUAGUAAGUUGUACAGAUAAGUCAAACUGGUUUUUACGGUUCCACCUCGUGUUCAACAAUAUAGACGUUGGCAAGGCCACUGACGGCUCACUAUGUCAGCAACAUAUAUAAAACUAGACAACCAUCAAAUACUCGCGCUUGUUAUCAUCUUACCACAAAAAUGAAAAAUAGUUCGGGAAUAGGUCGAAAGAAGAGAACAGAUUUUCUACUGGUUAGUUUAAUUGACAUGCCGGAAGAGAACCAACUAUUUAUGAGUGAAGAUUCGCGCGCAACUCCGGAGUGGAUCAACGCGGAAUACUUCAAAACGGUACUGCAAAAGUGUAAAAACGAUCUGACGAUCGAAGUUCAGGCUGUGCGAGUGAGGUAUGCUUUGCCAAAAGGAGAAAACUUUGCCAGUGUCAUCUACAGGGCUCAGGUGGUGUAUCGUAGAUCGGGCGAACCGGUGAUAACUUCUAGUUAUAUUCUCAAAGGCGUUGCGGAAUCUCCUGUUGCUAGACAAAAGCUAGGCGAGUACGAUGUCCACGGCAAAGAAAUGGACGUCUAUCAGUUGGUGAUUCCUGAAUUGAUGCGGUUGAUGAAAUCCGUUGGCGAACUGUCGGAGCUCUACCCAGAUGCACUGUGUGUGGAUCGAAGUCACGAAAUGAUUAUUCUAAACGAUGUUCUACAGGAAGGAUUUGUAAUGGUAGACAGAACCAAAGGACUGGACGCAACGCAUACCAAAAUGUCGCUCAAAGCAAUGGCCAAGCUGCAUGCUGGUUCUUUGAAACUGGUUGAAAGAUAUCCAACAAUCUUCGAUCGCUACACUACAGGGAUGAUGAACCGCAAAACGGACGCAUUCCACCUGUUCUUCCAGUCAACGUACGAUGCACUGAUGGAUGAAAUCUACUCGUGGAAUCCGGAAUGGCACUAUUAUGCGAAUAAAUUGGCGAAACUUCGUCCACAUUACCUCGAACAGGGAAUGACCGUAUUUGAUAAUGAUAGCGCGGAUGAUCUGCGGGUUUUUGUUCAUGGUGACUUCUGGGUGAACAAUCUUAUGUUCAAAUAUGACGCUAGAGGCGUUCCAAUCGAUAUGUUGGUUCUAGACUUUCAAUAUUGCUGCUACGGAAGUCCUGCAAUCGAUUUAUGCUAUUUCUUUUUUACUUCGUCCUGUGAUGAGAUACGUCAAAACAGCUUCGAUGAAUACAUGCAGUACUAUUACUACCAGUUGGCAAAAUACGUCAAAAAGUUGAACUGCUCGAUACGAUUUCCUACGUUGCACCAGUUCCAACAGCAAAUUAUGAAGAAGAUGUUUUACUCGGUCCAUUCUAGCAUAGUGGCUCUUCCGUUGCAUUUGAACGAGUUGGCUGAGGAUGCUGAUCUGGAAACUCUUCUGGCAGGAGACGAGCGAUCGAGACGAUUCAAGAGGGCCAUUAUGACUAACGUAAAUUACCAAAAGAUUAUCAAGGGCCUGCUGCCGACUUUCGACCGGAAGGGUUUACUUGAUAAGCUAGAUUGAUGAUACCUUAACUAUUUCGGUAUAUAUUACUGAAACAGGAUUAUACUUUGAAUUAAGCUUAGUUUAAUUUAAACAAGUCAAGUCAUCUGAACUAAUUAUAUGUUAUAAAUAAAGCUGUAUGAUUAAUUCAAUACAUAAAAAACUUAAAUGAAAUACUGUCUAUUGCAAUAUCACUUUACAAAUUUAAGUGAUACGCCUAUAUAUAGUAUAUAUACUCCUACAAAGACGCAUUUUACGCGCAGCUCGAACUCGAGUACGACCGCUGCCCAAGCCACGACGUCAAGAUCAUCAUAUGAUAUCUGAACGCUCAGGUAAGCCAGGAGUAGGAAUCCACACCGACGAUUGGAAAGUUCAGCGCCAACCAGCAGACGAACGAAAACGGCCUACGACUCAUUGAUCUCGCCGCCUCCAAAAAUAUGGCCAUACGUAGCACCUUUUUUCAACACAGCCUCCCUUAUCGUUAGACCUGAAGAUCACAACAGCAGACGGAAUCUCAAAUCGACCCCGUUCUGAUUGGCGGAAGGCACUUCUCCGGCAUUAUUGAAGUCAAGACCUGAGCUGCUAGUACACAGGGUCAAACAUUUGUCCAAAAAGAAACCAAUGCUCAAACAUCUUGUUUGACUCGAUCGAAUUUUCAUUAGUGUCAAACUGAUGUUGUUUCUUGAGUUCUUUCCUUGUCAAAUAUUUGACCCUGUGUACUACUGGCCCUAUAAUGUACGGUACAGGCGACCGCCACGGUACAACCUAGAAUGACUAAAACAACCGGAUGUCACCUCAGCAUACGCGCAGAAUCUCGAGGCAGCGUUGCCAGACGAAGGCGAGUUCGAUGAGGCCCCUAUAGAUGACUGUUGGAGUACAGUGAAAGCAACCAUCGACGAGGCAGCCGAGAGCACCAUCGGGUACGUGGAACGGAAUCGACGGAACGAAUGGUUCGACGAAGAGUGCAGAACGGUUUUGGAGGAGAAGAACACAGCGAGGGCGGUAAUGCUGUAGCAAGGCACCCGACAGAAUGUGGAGCGCUACGAGACAGAAGCGGAAGCAGCAAACCCGCCUCUUCCGGGAAAAAAAUCGUCGCCUGGAAGAAACAGAGUUCGAGGAAAUGGAAGUGCUGUUCACAAGAAAUACGAAAGUUCUACAAGAAGUUCAACGCAUCCCGCAAAGGCUUCAUGCCGCGAGCCGAAAUUGCAGGGAUAAGAACGGCGGCCUCUUGACGGACGGACGUGCGGUGAUCGAAAGGUGGAAGCAGCACUUCGAUCAGUACCUGAAUGGCGUGGAGAACGUAGGCACGGGAGACCACAGCAACGGAGGAGACGACGAAGCCAGUGCAGCGGAGGACGGAAAUGAACCAACUCCCACGCUGAGGGAAGUUAAGGAUGCCAUUCAUCACCUCAAAACCAACAAGCAGCUGGUAAAGAUGGUAUCGUGGCUGAACUCAUCUAUAUGGGCCUAGACAAGUUGGCCACCUGUAUGCACCGGCUGAUAGUCACGAUCUGGGAAACCGAACAGCUACCGGAGGAGUGGAAAGAAGGGGUAAUCUGCCCCAUUCACAAGAAAGGCGACCAUUUCAAAUGUGAGAACUUCCGAAUGAUCCCCAUUUGGAAUGCUGCCUACAAAGUGCUAUCCCAGAUCAUCUUCCACCGUCUGCCACCUAAAACAAAUUAAUUCAUGGAAAGUUAUUAAGCCGGCUUCAUCGAUGGCCGGUCGACAACGGACCAGAUCUUACUUGUAGAGAAAAUCCUCCAGAAAUGCCGUGAAUACCAGGUCCCAACGCAUCACCUGUUCAUCGACUUUAAAGCGGCAUACGAAAGUAUCGACCGCGCAGAGCUAUAGAAAAUCAUGGACAACAACGGCUUUCCUGGGAAGUUGACUAGACUAGACUAGACUAAAGAAACGAUGGACGGUGUUCAAAACUGCGUAAGGGUUUCGGGUGAACUAUCGGGUUUAUUCGAAUCUCGCAGAGGACUGCGACUAGGUGACGGACUCUCAUAUCUACUCUUCGACAUCGCUCUAGAAGGUGUGAUGCGACGAGUCGGGCCCAACAGCCGGGGAACUAUUUUCACAAAAUCCGGUCAAUUUGUGUGCUUUGCGGACGACAUGGACAUUUUCGCCAGAAUAUUUGGAACGGUGGCAGAGCUGUCAAAAAAGAUUCACCCACGCACUAUUUUUUUUUUGAAAAUUUCUUCAUAAUGUCUUCCAUGACUAACUGGAGUUCUUUCAGUAAUUACCCGAGCAGAGGAAAAUAUCAAAAUAAUAACAACGGAAUCACAAAACCUGUUUUUAUAUCUCGGUUUGUUAUUAUUAACUUAUUAAGUCAUCACCGUUCCAUAACAUGUUCUGUUGAGCAAUCUUAUUUUGUUAUGAUCAUGCUCUUGGUAUAUUUUCUUUAAAUUACAUUUCAAUAACAUGUUUUGUUGUAGCACAAGUUCAGUUAUUAUUGUGUCAUUGAGACUGUACAAAUAUUUGAUCAUUAAUAUUACAACAUAACUAGCUUUGCAAUCAAAAGUACACCAUUCGAGAUUUUCGUUGUUCACAGCAUUCCGUGAGGAACUGUAAGAGAAAAUAUUAUUUUGUCAUCAGUUCCUCUUCUUUCCACGAUGGUCCAAAUUUGAUAAAAGCUGGCAGAAACUCAGUUUUCGAACAUUUCUUUAAUGGAUUACAGUAUAUCGAGCAUUCAUCUAUACUAUCAGGAGCAAUGAUUAGCUUUCAAAGAUGUUGGAAAUAUUGAAUUUGUACUUAAUUUUGUUAGAGCACUAAGUAGUUGCUGAUGAAAAAAAUCAUGAAUUUUUGUUAAAAACACAAACGAGUUCAACCACUUCAAAAGUAUGUUAAUAUAAUAAAUUCAAUUGCUUUCAAAAGCUUAUUCGCAAGUUCUUGAGUAUGUCUAACAUCUGCAAUGGGACAAGAGAUCAAAAUAACGCUUUUGGCUUCAAAAUUUACAUUAUAUGUCAUUAGUACGAGAAAUUCUUACACAUUUACUUCAAAUUGUCUUACGAAUCGCUCCCCACUACUCCCCGCGGAGAUAUUCCGUUCAAAUGCUUGUUCAAGUACGUAGAAUUGAUUAAAAAGAUAUGCAGCUGCCAAGAGCUGCCAAAACAUUAACGCCAUGAUGAUGUGUAUAUAGCCAAAAUGUAUGAAAAACAGCCAUUUUGUUCGGAUGUCGUUCAAAGAAACCGACAAAUAAUGAAAUUGAGAGCUAAAUAAUGUUCCAAUACAUUCAUAUAGGCUAUAACUAUCAGACUACUAUAGUUUGGAAAUUUUUGCCAGGUAUUUUCAAAUCUGGACCACUGUGUGACAUUACGUUUUAACUGUGACAGAGCCAACUUAUCAGCCUUUUGUUUUAUAUAAGCACUUUGAAAAGUGUACCAGUUUCAGUUAGAUAUGAAUACAAAUAUACAGAGUGUAAUAGAGUGUUAGCCAUUUUAUGAAACAUUCUGCAUCAACUGGUGGAAUUCAACGACAAACAACACAUUUUCGACAAAAAUGUAAAAAAUAAAUCAUCAAGAAGAAGAACUACAUUGAUUAUUUUUAGACAUUUUAUUUUUAUUGAUUUCACUGCAUCGAGCCCACUUAAAUUCACUUGGAUAAAUGUGUCAAACAAUGGGGUAAUAAUGUAAAUUAAUCAUAUAAACAAUGAACCACCUAAUAAAGGGUUUCAAAACGUCGGUAGAUUUUCAUCUUAAGUUGUUUGGAAAAUAAACGAAAACUAUUGUUUCUCUCUGUUUUUGAUAAUAAAUCGCUUGCGACAACAAUAGCGCCCUAAUUAUGAAUGAAACAUUUAACAAUAGAUCCUAUUGUUGCGUAUUCCAUUGAAUUCAUAUGGGACUUUGGAGGAGUUCCUAUCCGCAACAGAAAAAAAAACAAAUUUUGUUUUCAGAUGGUUAUCAAUAACUUAUUAAUAUCAAUAUUUGUUAUUGAAAUAAUUCAAAAAUUCGCUGUUAUUAAGUUGUUGUUGAAACUAACAAAACAUGUUAUUAUACAGGUCUUCCAGAAACAUUUUUUUGUUAUAAUUAUUGUUAUUUUGCCGCUUAUGACAGACAAGUUUAUAACAGGAUAUGUUAUGUAAAUAACAUGAAAAUAACUCUUUCCGUUACUUAGUUAUUUUUCCAAAAUAACACAUUUUAUUAUGCUGUUGCUAUUCCCUUCUGCUCGGGUAAUCAUCCUGUCCCGAGCAGAGGAGAAUAUCAAAUUGAUAACAACAGAAUCACAUAGCUUGUUUUUAUAUCAUAAUUUGUUAUUGUUAACUUAGCAAAAUAUAUCUUUUUAUUAACACGUUUUGUUGGGCAAUCUUUUAAUAAUAUAACUUGUUGUAAAACAAGUUUAGUUAUUAUUCUACUAUAGUUAGUUAGUUUUUAUUUUUAACCAAAAUUUAGAAAGAGGGAAAAGCCCCUUUGAGUGAUUUCUUUUAAUUAUUCUACUCUAGAGAAUGUACAAAUAUGUAAUGAACAAUAACACAACAAUAACAAGUUCACAAAUUAGCUGUUAUUAAGUUUUAAUUGAUCUUACAAAACAUGUUAUUAAAUUAGUCUUCCAGGAACAAUUUUUUGUAAUGAUAUUUGUUAUUUUGCCGCUUACGAAAGACAAGUUUAUAGCAUAAUAUUUUAUGCUAAUAACAUAAAAAAAUACUGAUUCCAUUAUUUAGUUAUUAAGCCAAAAUAACAUAUUUUAUUAUGAUGUUGAUAUUUUCUUCUACUCAGGGUGUGUCUUUGCUUAGGUAUUAGCAAUCUUUGAAUGUCUUGGACCUCUAUUCUUCUAAAAAUAAACCCUCAGUUGUAUUGUUCCGAAUACGACCUUGUUAGAAUGUCCCUGAAUACAGUUUCUAUACUUAUAUAUUGCAUAUACUCAUCUCAGAGCAUAAUCGUAUGGAAAUGUCUAUUGAUGUAUUUUCGGAAGGAUCCUUGGAAGAAUUCUUGAAAAUAUUCUCGCGAAAGUCUAUAUACUACAGUGAUAGACAUUCGUUUAGCCGAGGCUAAAAAAUUUCAAAAAAGGGCCAGGAAACUCAUACAAAAGAUUUUAUGAUAAAUCUUUUUUAUCGUAGUGAUAGUAUAUCUAGUACUGUUUUAUAAAAAUAUGAUACAUCACACUUACAUAUACACUGAAACAAAAACGAGGGUAAAAACCCUUCAAAUGUCAUUUUUUGCCUAGACAUUCGUUUAGCUGAAUUGUACAAUUUUUAGAAUUCCAUAAUAAAAAACUAUCAAAUUUCGAAAAAUAUCCAACAAAGUCAUUUUGUAUGGUGAUCUGCAUUAUAGAUCGACUUGUAAAUCAUGAAUUAGAUCGUUUUUGGAAGUGUUGCCAUAUUAAUUUUGCAUGCAUCUCAUAUACAUAUGUCAUAAUAUUUUAAAUGUUUCUCAAUUGAGAUUUGAUGUAGUUAUUUUUAUCGGAAGUGUUUCAAAGGAAUCUAAUGAGAGUUUCAUGACCAAAGCAGGUUGAAAUUUUGCGAAAAACAACGUUUUUAACAGAAAAAAAUAACACAAACCAUCAAAAAAUCACGUAUUUAAAUAUUGUUUUGAUGAAAUAUGAUGGUUUCACUUGCAUAAAUCACAGCGUUUACUACUAUUACGUCUUCUAAUAGCUCCCAAUAUCUUCUAGACUGUAUUCUGGCUGAAUAAUAUACAUUGGACGGCUCAUAUUUCGAGAAAUGGCACCGACAGUAUUCAAAUUUCUAGCAUGAACUACUUGUUUCAUAAUUUAGACAUUCUUUUCAAAUAAAUCAUGUGAAAAAUGAAUGUGGUUCACAACUAAGACUCAUUUAUAAUAUAUUUCUUCAGAUUGAAUGAAAUAAGCCAAUAAUUUAACCAAAUCUUGCAUUUUUGUAUGAGCAUCUGCUUUUGAAUAAACAGGGUACACAAAAUCUGACACUUCUUGCAGUUCUUUCACUUUGCAGUCUUCUAACUCAUUUAGUAAUGGUAGUAUCAAACAGGUAUACUCCACAGGCAUUAGGGCACGUAUUUAUUUUAAUGCAGAACUAUUUAUUUUAGCUUUCAUCAAUCCCAUUUUAAAGUUUAACCAACCAAAAACCAAUAUACUUAUUUUUUUUCAUGACAUUUUAUGCAAUAAUUUGAACAUUUCUGACAAUAAUUCUGUGCCAUAUUUUCAAAACUGCUAGUCUAGCUUACGUUUGAGUGUUUACAGAAAUCAGUUUUCUUAAAUAAAUUUGUUUAUCGUCGCUUCUCCUUAUCGCGACAUUUUUCUAUAAUAUUUCUCUGAAUUUCACAAAUAAAUAAACUUUCAAGGCCAAAUAUCUUGCUAACACGUCAUAAACUAAAUGCCUUGGAGUAUAUUCUCGAAAUAUAUUUACGAAAUUGCAAAAAAUCUAUUGAAUACCAAUUUUUCAUUUAUCUCGGCUAAACGAAUGUCUAGGCAAAAAAUGAAAAUUGAAGGGUUUUUACCCUCGGUUUUGUUUCAGUGUAUAUGUAAGUUUAAUGUAUCACAUUUUUUUAAAACUGUACUAGAUAUACUAUUACUACGAUAAAAAAGAUUUAUCAUAAAAUCUUUUGUAUGAGUUUCCUGACACUUUUUUUGUUCUCGGCUAAACGAAUGUCUAUCACUGUAUCACUGGAGGAAUCUCUCGAGGUAUCCCAGUAAGGGACUGUCCAUCAACUACGCGGACUUUUAUGAGGGAAGGGGGUGUCAUGGCCGAAGUCUAUGCUCCAUGCAAAUUUCGAAAAUUUUGUAUGGACAAUAGUCUACGAGGGGGAGGGGUGGGAAGUUCUGAGAUGGCUUAAAAUGAGUCUACAUAGUUUAUGGACAGCGCCUAAGAAACCCUGGAGAAAAUCUUGCAUAAUAUUCUGGAGGAAUUUCCAGGCAAAAGAAUCCCUGGAGGACUUGUUGUAAUAAUUUCUGAUAUAAUCUCUGAAUAUUUGUUUGAAAGAUUCCCUGAAGGGCCUUCUAAAGGAACACCUUCAAAACAUCCCUGGAAAAACACCUAGAGGAAUCUGGGGAGGAGUUCACGAAAAAAUCAAUGGAUAACUUCUUGAAGCGUUUCUUGAAGAAAAAAAUAUCAGGAUAUAUUCCUGAAAGAAUCACGGCACGAAUUUCUGAAGGAAUGCCUUUGUAGGAGCUGCAAGUGGUCCUCGCUGGAAGUGAUCCUCGAAAUCUUCAGGUAAUCCAUGAGAAAUUAUUAAGGGCAUAGCUGGAAAAGAUGAUGGAAAAAUUUCUCAAAUCUGGAAUUUUUAAAAGAAAUCACCAGAGGAUUCCCCGGAGCCUGGAAAAAUUCUUUGAGAUCCCAGGAAUUCUUGGAUGAAUCCCAGGGGAAAUUCGUGGAUGAACUCCUGAAGUAAUCGCUGGAAGAAUUCCUGGAGAAAUACCUAGAAAAUUUUUUUGAGGAAUUCCCUAAAAGAAUCCUUGGAGGAAUUCCAGGAGGAAUUCCCGGAAGAAUUUAUGGAGGAAUCCCUGAGGAAUUUCUGCAUGUAAACCUGGAGGAAUUCUCGAAACGCCCUAAAGAAAUUGCUGGAAGAUUCGCGAGAGAAAUUCCGCAUCCCUGGAGUAAAGAGUAAAUCUUUCGAUAAAUUCCUGGAGAUUUUUUUAAAGGAAUCCUUUGAGCAAUUUCUACAGGGAUCUCUGGAGACAUUCUAAAAAACUAUCCCCGAAGGAAUCCCUGAAGCAAGAAGGAAAUCUUGCAAAUCCCUAAUGAAGUUCCUGGAUGAAUUUCAGGAAUAAAUUCUUUAGGAACCCCUUGAUAAAUUUCUGGAGGAGUUCCUGGAAAAUUCCUUAGAGAAAUUUUUGGGAAGAGAAAUUUCUAAAGGAAUUUUUGGAGGGAUCCCUGGAGAGAUUUCUGAAGGAAUACUUUAAAAAAAUCCGUGGAAGAAUACCUGAAACAAUUCCUGGAGAAUCUCUCGAGAAAAUCCUGGUUAAACUUCUGGUUAAAUUCCUGACGGAAUCCUUUGACGAAUUGGAAGAGGAGGGAUUUCUGGAGAUAUCCCUAGAGGAAUUCUUGGAGGAAUUUUCUGGAAGAAUUCCAGGAGGAAUCCCUGAAGCAAUUCUUAGAGGUAUCUCUGGAAGAAUCCUUGGAGGAGUUCCUGAAGUAAUCCCUGAAGAAAAUCCUGGAGCAUUUCCUGAAGAAACUCCUGGAGGAAUUCCUGAGGAAAUUUCUGAGGUAAUUUCUGGAGGAAUUCUGGAAGGAACUCCCAGAGGAGUCUCUGGAGAAACUCCAGGAUGAAAUCUUGAAAGACCGCCUAGCGAAAUCUCUAGCGGAAUUUUUGGGGGAACUCCUAGAGGAACUCUUGGAGGAAGUUCUGGUAGAAUGCCUGUAGGAUUAUCUAGAGGAAUGUCCUGAUGAAAUACCGGAGGAACUCCUGGAGGAAUCUCUGUAGGAGAUCUUGGAGAUCUUAUUCCCUGGAAGAAUUCUUGAGAGAGUUUCUGGAGAAAUUCCGGGAGGAAUUCCUGGGGACAUUUAUUGGAGAAUUUACUGGGGUAAUUUCUUGAAAAAUUGCUGUAGGAAUUUCUGGAGGAAUUCCUGGAAUAAUUUCAUGAUAAACUCCUGGAGGGAUUUCUGAAGGAAUCCCUGGAGGAAUUCUGGGGUAAUUCCUCGAUGAAUUCUCUGAGAAAUUAUUGGGGGAGUAACUGAAGGAAUUCCUAGAGGAUUUCCAGGUGGAAUGCCUGGAGGCAAGCCUAGAGAAAUCCCUGGAGAAAUUCAUGUAGAAAUCCCAAUAGAAAUUCCUGGCAGAACUCUUGGAGAAACUUCUGGAGGAAUCCUUAGCACAAUCUCUAAAGGAUUCCCUAGAGGAAUUCCUGGAGACAUGUCUGUAGGAAUUCCUGAAGGAAUCUGAAGAGAAAUUACUAAAAGAAUCUCUAUAGGAAUUCCUGGAGGAAUCCUGCAUAAAUUCUCGGAGGAAUUCCUGGAAAAAUCCCUGGAGAAAUUUCGAGCGGAAUCAGUAGAAAUAUCUCUAAAGGAAUUUCUUGAAGAUUCACUGGAGCAAUUCUCAGGGGAAUCCCUGGAGAAAUUCUUUGGGCCCUGCAGAUAUUUCUGGAGGAAUGCCUGUAGAAAUUUCCGGAGGAAUCUCUAGAAGUACUUGUGGAGGAAUCUCUAUUGGAAUUCCUGGAGGGAUUUUGAGAUGAUUCCCUGCAAGAAUUCUCAGAGGAAUUCCUGGAAGAAUUCCUGAAUUCGCGGAGGAAUUCCUAGAGAUAUUCUUUAAGGAAUCCAGGAAGAAUUGAUGAGGGAAUCCCUGGAGAAAUUUCUGAAGAAUUCCUAAGAGGAGGAACUCAAGAAACCUCAGACGGAGUUCAUGGAGAAAUCCUGAAGGAAUCCUAAGAAGAGUUCGCGAAUGAACUCCUGUAGGCAUCCCUAUAGCAGUUGCUUAAGGAAUCCCUGAAGGAAUUCCUGGAGAAUCUCCAAGAGGUAUCCCGGAAGCAAUUCCUAAGCGAACCCCGGAACAAUUCCUGGAGAAAGUCCUGGAAUAAUUCCUGGUGGAGUUCUUGAAAAAGUUCCAGGUGGAAAUCCUGAAGAAAUCCCAAGAAGAGUUCCUAAGGGAAUCCUUGAAGGAAAACCUUGGAUUGGGAUUACCUGUUUGGUGGAUUUUUACACCCGGAACAGGUGGUCCG